AUUAUGCAGUUGGCCAAGGAUGUUACUAUUACAAUAGCAACACUACUGUUUGGAACAGAAAUCUCCAAGAAAGUCAAACUAGAAUAGAUACAAAAACAUUGGCACAGCUUGGUUUACUUAUUAAAGUCAAGGAAGGAGGGGGGAACCACGCACACGUCACAACAACCUCUUCAUCUGCUCCACUCUUUAUUUCCCUUCUCAUUAGCCUAUUAUCUAUCUCCUUCACCUUCCUCUUUCAACUGCUACAAGGAUCUUGUUGCUAAUAAAUAUGGUUGAGUCAGCCAUGUCAAAGGCAAUGAUGGAGGAAGUAAUGGCCACUUGGUCAGAGGGGCCAGAGGAUGAUGACCUUGUGAGAGAGCUUUUGGAUGAUGUGUCUCCCCUUCUUGUGGUUCCAGAGGAUGCAAUAACUCAACCCCCCAACAACACAAAAAAAGCCUCUUCAAGUGACCAAGCCUUUAAUAGAUUCAUGUCCAACAUUUACUCAGGACCUACCAUAUCAGAUAUUGAAAAUGCUUUGUCAGUUACCAACCAAAGAGAACACUUCCCACAACUCUCAUCAGCAAGAUUUUUCAGAGUUUCCAUAUUGGAAAAGGGUUUGAGUAAGAUUGAGAAUAAGUAUACCCUGAAAAUCAAAUGCUUUGGCAAUGGGAUGAGUGAUGAUGGAUAUAAGUGGAGAAAGUAUGGUCAGAAAUCCAUCAAGAAUAGCCCAAAUCCUAGCAGGAGCUACUAUAGGUGCACCAACCCAAGAUGCAAUGCUAAGAAGCAGGUUGAGAGAUCAAAUGAGGACCCAGACACUCUCAUCAUAACCUACGAAGGGCUCCACUUGCACUUUGCUUACCCAUAUUUCCUCAUGGGCCAACAACACCAAUCUCAUUCCCACCCACCAAUCAAGAAGCCCAAGCCCACCUCUUUGCAAGCCCAAUCCCAAGCCCAUAAUAGGGCACAUUGUGUUAAUGAAGCCCAACAUACCCAUGAAGCCCGGGAAGCCCAAGAGAAUGAUACUUUGGGUGUGAUGUCAUCCACUUCAUUGGACUCCCAACAAGGCCUGGCCCAAGACAAUUUUGGCUCACAAGGGCUGCUUGAAGAUAUGGUGCCCUUCAUGGUUAGAAACCCAUCAAACAAUGUCAAUAGUUCUCUCACAAAAUUUUCUUGUUCUUCAUACCGUUCUCCUCCAACAUCACCUCUUUGGACUUCUAAUUACUCCACCUCCUGUUAUGCCGUUGGCUUAAAUUCUAGCAUUUGAUUUAUAAUUAUGUACAUCUAAAGAUUUAUAAGAACAAUAAGUUUAGAGGUUUGUUAUAAUUGUUUUGCUUAUGGCCUUAUGUGAAUGUAAUAAUAAUAAUAUAUAAUGUAAUAGUUUUGUAUGUCACAUGAUUGAAGUAAA